GGGUCUGUGAGUUCGUCCGGCUCUGCAGAAACAACCUGAGUCUGCACGUUAACAAUGAUGUCUAUAAUAGCAGUUUUAGUACAAAAACAAUGUUAUUGACAGCAGCAAUUUUAUUCAUCUGACUCUGGUUGAUUAGUGCUCAGUUAGCCCAGGAUUGAGGUCAGAGGAGACAAGAAAGGGAAUAAAGUUUUGGACAGAGGGAUGACUCACAAACUCGGUAAGGAAACUCGGUUUUAGGGGGGCUCAGUUUCAACUGCAGAGGCUGUUUCUGGACCUUGGGGCCCAAAUGACUGAAUUCUUUGUACUUUACCCCCUUGGUCUCAGUAUCUUUAUUUUGUCUGGGGGUGGGGCAGGCAUAUUAAACUCAGAGACUGAGAUUGUCUUUGCCACUGUUUUAUUUAACCCAGGUUCACUGUGGGAAUAGUAAUAAUUUCACAAGCCAGUAGCAUACAGGAUAAUGCCUCUUCAUAAGGCAGUAAAGAGUUUUGACUUUGCCAUCCAAGAGCUGAUGUCCAGCUGCCAGCCCACAAGUAAAAGUCCCUUGAUGCUGGAGCAGGUUGCUGGUGUGGCCAGGCAGGCUGAUUCUUCGGUGGCCGCUACAUGGCUUUCACCACUGCUGAUCGAAGAGUCCCCUUUACCAUGGCAGGAGCUAGUGCCCCAAGGUCUUGGAGAGCUGUUUGGAUCAGCAGAGGGGAGCCUUGCCCAGACUGACACUCUCGGACGGUCCUCACAAACUCUGGGGAUUUAUAGUCUCAGUGACCCCUCUGCAUAUAGUCACUUCAUCUGCUUUUAUCAGUACAUCCCCUGCAGGACCCCUCAGACGCUGAGCUCCGAGCGGCUACCAGCCAGGAAGAUGAGAUGUCAACCUGACACAGCUCACAUCAUUCUUAUAUCAAAACCCCUUCACUUCUAAAAACAACUUUUUGGGUUUUUGCUUUCACUUCAGUUGUACGCAAGUGGCUCUGCAAUCUUCACACCCCGCGCAGCACUCCGGGUCUCCUCCAUCCCACAGGCCUCUACUGACUUCCUGCCCGUGGCACAAUUCCACGGCUCCCCGGCUUCUGGCUGCUUUCUCUCUGAUUUGAAGGCUACAUGACUGCCGUUAGCUUCGUCCUCUGCAGGUCACUCGUUUCCCGGCACUUCAGCUGCACUUGUGUGGCCCAGCAAUGAGAGCCAGCCAGGAGGACUUUGAAAAUGCCACGAAUCAGGUGAAACUCUUGAAGAAGGAUCCAGGAAAUGAAGUGAAGCUAAAACUGUAUGCACUGUACAAGCAGGCCACUGAAGGACCUUGUAAUGUGCCCAAACCAGGUGUGCUUGACUUUAUCAAUAAGGCCAAGUGGGAUGCUUGGAAUGCUCUUGGCAGUCUGCCCAAGGAAACCGCCAGGCAUAACUACGUGGACUUGGUGUCCAGUUUGAGUGCUUCAUCUGAGUCCUCCAUCCAGGUGACACCUGCAGCAGACAGGAAGCAACCAGGAAGUGACGCCCUGGUGGUGACCUCCCAAGAUGGCAUCACAACCAUCACAUUGAACCGGCCCGACAAAAAAAAUGCACUCACCACUCAGAUGUAUCACGACAUCAUGCUUGCACUUGAGGCUGCAAGCAAGGAUGAUUCAGCCAUAACUGUUUUAACAGGCAAUGGGGACUAUUAUUGUAGUGGGAAUGAUCUGACCAACUUCACGGAUAUUCCCCCUGGUGGAGUGGAGGAGAAAGCCAGAAGCGGGGCCGUUUUACUGAGGGAUUUUGUCGACCGUUUUAUAGAUUUUCCGAAGCCUCUGGUUGCAGUGGUAAAUGGACCAGCUGUAGGAAUCUCCGUCACCAUUCUCGGGCUAUUUGAUAUCGUGUAUGCGACCGACAGGGCAACAUUUCAUACUCCAUUCAGUCACCUAGGCCAGAGUCCAGAAGGAUGCUCCUCUUACACUUUUCCGAAGAUAAUGGGCCCAAGCAAGGCAACAGAGAUGCUCGUUUUUGGGAAGAAGUUAACAGCCCGGGAAGCAUGUACCCAAGGACUUGUUACUGAAGUUUUUCCCGACAGCACUUUUCAGAAAGAAGUUUGGGUCAGGCUGAAAGCAUAUUCAAAGCUCCCCCCAAAUGCCAUGAGAAUUUCAAAACAGGUCAUCAGAAAUACGGAGAAAGAAAAGUUGCACGCAAUUAAUGCUGAAGAAAGCAACAUCCUGCGGGAGAGGUGGCUGUCAGAUGAGUGCAUGAAUGCCGUCGUGAGCUUCCUGUCCAAAAAAGCAAAGCUGUGAUGGCCAUCACAUCAAAGCUAAACGUUUCCAAGGAAGGGAUGUGCUACUAUUUCUGCUUUCCAAUUCCUGAACUAAGUAAACCUCUCUGUGCCUUUUUUCAGUGCUAAAAUACCAGUUAUGAUAAUUAUACUUCACUAGAGCCCUGAUGAAAAACAAACGAUGUGAAACCAGCUUUGAGAAUUUACGUAGGUUUUUGGUAGUGGGGAGUCUUACGUCUUUCGCUAUGAAUCGCUGUUGCCAGGCACACUGAAACAUUGUGCCCGGCGUCCUGCUCUGAAAGGCAUUCACGGUGCUGCAGGCUGAGACCGUGUGUUCGAAAACCACUACUGCACUUUGCCGUCCACACAGGCUCACUGACUUGAUCGGCCCAAACACCGACAGUCUCUGGAUGACCGAGUCAAGAUCUUCAGUGGGUCGCAUGUUCUUUUUCAGCCCUCUGGCAGGGGGAGCAAACAGAGGGAGCAAUAUUACUAGAGGAUGAAUUAGAAUCUUAGUUUCAUCCCCCCCCAUAAUUUGAUAAAAAGGGAUGAAGGGAUUGGAUUGUUUCAUUGGAAAGUGAUGUUCUGUAUCAGUGAUUAUUUCCUCAUUUAUUGUAUAGUCUUCAUUCUCGUUUAAUGUGGUACUUUAUAAAAAGCACACCUGAAAGCUGC